AGUGCGUGCUGCGUGUGUUUCUUUUAUUCCGCCAGUAUAACAGGAACAAGAAGAAGAAGAAGCAGAAAACGACAAGAAAGAAUAAAAAAUAUACCCGUGGUUGUAUUGCAGUUUACGAUGAAUAAAGGCAAACCCAGUGGUGUGUCUUGGGUGAAACCAGCGGAACCGUCCUUUUUGAAAAAGUUUAAAAAUGACGUCGGUUACAAAGAAGGACCCACCGUGGAUACGAAGCGCCAGGUGAUGCCUGAAUUGGAUGACGGUGAGAGUGGGAGCGAUCGAGAGGAUGAGCUCCCUCAAGUGGUAGUCCUAAAAAGUGGAGACCUGACUGAAGAGGAAGCAAAGAAGGUCAAGGCCGACCACACUGGAGACUGUGCGGAGAAAGAUGAUGCACAUUCUCUUCCUGAAGGUAAAAUCCUGUUCAAGAAACCAGCCAAGCGCUCCUCAGAUAAAUUUAAGGGGAUCACAGCCAGCUCUAGCAAAAAGAAGAAGAGUCAAGACACUGUACAGGAGAGUUCAGAGGAGGAGACGCAAAAACCAGAGAAGUCUGGAAAGAAAAUAAAGAAUAACAGUCUUCUGUCUUUCGGAGGUGGUGAAGAUGAUGAGGAGGACGAAGAAGACUGAGAGACUUUUUCUGUAACUUGAGGCAGGGGUUUAGGAUUCAGUACACUUGUAUGUAAACCUAACUUCUUUAUUCACAGACUUUCAGAAAGCACUAAUAUUCAAUUUUAAACAUCUCACUAUUAAGGAACUCUUACAGUGGGGUUUUAGCCAAUAUUAAAAAAAAGUGUUGACUGUU